AUGACCGAAAUGUCGCUGGUCAAGUCCAGAUCCGGGGAUGCAGGCAAGGAUAGCCUCAAGGAACAAACAUCUGCGGCCAAGGCUGAAACGACCGGAGGGAGUCAUUCCAGCCCGAAGAAGCGCCGGAAGGUGAAUCACGCAUGUGUCUAUUGUCGUCGCUCGGUAAGCUUCACCGAGCACUCCACAUUUGCUAUGCGACAGUCCUAUUGCUCAUAUGACCUGCGAUUCGGUACGACCUCCCCCCAUCAGCUGACCUGCGUGAAGGAACGACCUUGCACUCGCUGUAUAAAGCGCAACAUUGGUCACCUAUGCCAUGAUGAACCAAGAGAGACUCCAAAGCGCGGACGCGGCGAACACGAACAUUCGGCUGCCGACGAGGAGGGCUCGAACAAUGAUCUAGCUGUGCAAGGCAUGUCUAGGAGUGUUGAUAUAGCCGAUUCUACAAGCCAGCAACAGUUUCCUGAAGCCACGAUCGGACUUACGCCCUCAGCUGUGAAUCCGACUUCCACUGUCUCGUCCGGAAACCUUUCCACGCCUGGCCAGGAGCUCGAGCCCAAUUCUCAGACCAUGCCAUAUAAUGAAUGGGUAGGGGGUCAGAAUCAAUUCCAGGAGAUGCAUUCGCUCCAUCCGUCUUACAUGUUCAAUGCGCCAGAAGUGACCAAUGAAUAUAACUUGCUCGGAGACUUCCUCAGUAACAGUCUGUUAGAUGACGGUGCGAUGUUCCAAAACCAGGACAUGCCCGGGGUCUACACCGACUCGACGUUGAUGAACUCCAUGAAUGGCUUAGGGAUUCCAAAUGGCUUACCUCCACCGGCGCAGCUUCCACCACCGGCGCAAAGCCAUAUGCCACAGGGAGACACAAUUCAAAGACCAACCUCAACCGUGGGCAACGACAAAGCCCGGGAAACUUACUACAUGACGGCCGCCGAUCCUGCAGGAACUGACCCACCAGAGGAACGAAUGAACAAACUCCUCAAGGCUAAAUACGAUGCAGGAUUAUUGAAGCCAUUCAACUAUGUCAAGGGAUAUGCGAGAUUAAAUCAGUACAUGGAGAAGCACAUGCAGCAAAUAUCUCGGCAAAAGAUCUUACGACAGCUUGACAAGUUCCGGCCAAAGUUCCGAGAACGCAUGCAAAGCCUGACUGAUAUCGAGUUGAUCCUUGUUGAGAUGUGGUUCGAGCGGAGCUUGAUGGAGUAUGAUCGCGUGUUUGCCAGUAUGGCUAUCCCCGCCUGCUGUUGGCGUCGGACAGGCGAGAUUUUCCGUGGCAACAAUGAAAUGGCACAGCUUAUUGAUGUCCCCAUUGAGGGUCUGCGAGAUGGCAAGCUCGCUAUCCACGAAAUCAUUGUUGAGGACCAGCUAGUGAGCUACUGGGAAAAGUUUGGUGCUAUUGCCUUUGACAAUACGCAAAAGGCUAUGCUCACCAGCUGCACACUCAAGAGCCCCAACCCCAACUCAACGGGUGAUGGUAUUAAUUGUUGCUUCUCAUUCACCAUCAGACGUGAUAACCACAACAUUCCAUCCCUCAUUGUUGGCAACUUCCUCCCUAUCGACAAAUAA